AUGACUCAGGUGCCUGCUGACUACCAGUCCACCACCAGCUCCUACAACUAUGAUCAGCCCCUUCCCUCCGUGGCUCGGGCAAGCACUGUCACCCAGGUACCCCCGGCCAAAAAAAUAACCUUCUUCAAGAGUGGGGAUCCUCAGUUUGGGGGAGUGAAGAUGGCCAUCAACCAGCGAAGUUUCAAGAGCUUCAACGCACUCAUGGAUGACCUCUCUCAUCGGGUCCCACUGCCGUUUGGGGUACGGACCAUCACCACCCCACGAGGAAUACAUUGCAUUAGUGAGCUGGACCAGCUGGAGGAUGGAGGAUGCUACCUGUGCUCUGACAAGAAAUACGUCAAGCCUAUUAGCAUAACUUCUGCUGGACACAGGCCAGGCCCUCCUCGAAGUAGUCGUCCAUCCAGUAGCUUGAGAAGAGCAGCUCAGGAGGGCAGGUUUGAAGAUUAUUCCACACCUUUCACUCAGCACGGCCCCAGAAUACCCAAGAAAAUCACUCUUGUUAAGAACGGAGAAACCAGUUUUCGGCGCUCAAUUAUCUUGAACCGCAGAAAUGCUAGGAGUUUCAAAACGCUCCUCGAUGAGAUUUCAGAGAUCUUGCAGUUCCCAGUGAAGAAGCUCUACACUGCUGAUGGGAAGAAGAUCGACAGCAUGCAGGCUCUGCUUCACUGCCCCAACAUGCUGGUGUGCGUCGGCCGGGAGCCAUUUAAACCUGUGUCGAUGGAGAAUUUGAGGAAACACUCGGUGGAGAAGCUGCCCGACCUGGCUCCCCGUUCCAACAGCAACAAUGUCAACGAAAACAAUGAAAGUAAGGAAAACUCUGGGGCACAUUACACAGUCAUCCCCAGGCCUGUGUCCCACCACAUGGAGAUUACAGGCACCUAUUGUACUGACCCAAUGUGCAGAUCUCAUGUGCACUGCCUCGUUUGCAAAAUGUACUUCCCUCUCUCUGCCUCCCAGGCAUUUCCAUCCUCCCCUUCUUUUUCUCUGACAGAGACCUCCAACACUCACUCUCUGAGUCAUAAAAAUGGAGAGAACAGUGAGAACAAACUGAAGCUCUUUGUCCAUCAGGGGACUGAAAAAACAUGCCAGUUCAAAUGCAUGAAGAUGGAUAUGAACUUUGGACUGAAAGCCAAAAAAAGCAUCAUCCAUCCACGAUCAGCAUCAAGCAAUAGGUCAAUGAGAUUUUCUUUAUCAUCAGAAAAGUCAUAUCCAAAUGGUCUUGCUGCCUCACCAGAUACUGGCGCACCUUUCUCUAACAACUGUUCGCAUCCAAAACCUGGAGAGCUGGUCCAUUCCUUGGUCAAUGAUGACAUAGAGAAGCGGGUACAUGUAAACAAGGAUGGUAGCCUGUCCGUUGAGAUGAAAGUCCGCUUCCGCUUGCUAAAUGAUGAGACUUUGCAAUGGUCUACCCAAAUCAGAAAGUCAAAUUUGAUGAACCAGAUGCCUUGUGAAGAGUCAGGUGUAGAGGACAGUGGAGUAGACCCUAUACAGAAAAUGAACCCAGAAGCCAGCUCAGAGGCAGAUGACUCAUUAUACCCCUGUGAUGUUGAUUCUUACAUGUCAAAACUUGAGGAAUCUGAAUGUGAUGAGGCUCAUUGUCAUAGCUGUGGCAAGAAACACCAGGACUAUGACAUUUGGAAAAACCCCAUGCACACUUCCCAGAGGGAGGAGCCCAGUGUACGGAGCACCUGGCACACACGGUCAUCAUGCUCCAGCACAUCUUCCCGGAGGAGAGUAAUCCACAAAAAAAAGGCUUCUGUGGAUAGUCUCCACACCACAUCCAGUGAAGAAUUCUCUGAGCACAUUGUGCAAGAGUCCUCAUCCUACUCAGAGACUAUAGAGAACAGAGUGGCAUAUCGAUCUAUUAGAAAGUGUACUUGUAGAAGUGAUUUGUCUACAGGUGCUUCCAAUGGAGAAGACCAGCAAGAGUACACCCGGACAAGCACAAGCAAUAGUCAGAGGCCUUCAUCUGUGGGCUUGGUAUCACAUUCAAGCUGUGAAAAUAACCUGGACACUCAAGAAGCCCCUGAAGACUAUGAGGCCAGUAAAACCAACUCACAAAAGGAUGAUGAAAAUUGUUUUGAAGUUUCCUCUGUGAAGUGCUUAAAGCAUGAUGCAGAGGAGGUUGAAAGCAGCAGAGCUGGGAGUGUCAUAUCAAAGUCAUCUCUGCAGUCCAGACAGAGCAAGAAUAUAUGUGAGGAAACAAGUAGUGUGGGUAGGACCAUGUCCUCCUCCAGCCUUCAGAAGGCCAAUCAAGAAGAUAACGCUAUGUGCUCCACUCCUGCCAACAGUGUGCACAGCAGGUCUACUAACUGUAGCACACCAAGAGCAAAGAGUGAACAGGAUGGCCACUCAGAAGACAAUGCAGUGAUCUCCUCCUUCUCCAGUGAGUCCUGCCCUAAGAAAGAAGCUGAGGAGGUUGAACAAGAAGAAAAUGAAAUCAAUGAAGUCAGCUCAGUUUCAGCAAAAACAAAGCGCAGCCAAUCAGUUAGAGAUGAGAGCAGUGAAGGUGAACAAUGCUCUACACAAGGAACCCCCUGUUCCAUAGUUAGUGACAGGAACAGCAGGAAAAGUGAUAGUGAUGAGAUCAUUCAGUGCAAUGCCUCUUGCUCUUCCAGAGGGUCCAGGAAGAGCAAACACAGCCAUCUUCAUUUGGAUGCACGGUCUGAAAUGUCUGUGUCUUCAUUUGAAUCCACUCAGAAUAAAAAGAAUUCCUUAUAUGCAGAAGAUCUAAGAUCAUGCAGCAGGGUAUCUAAUUACUCCAAAAGCUCAUGUGAAAUCAGGAAAAAAUCUAUUGCAGACCCCAUGUCUCAUAAUUCAGGGUCUUUUCACUCAAACAUUUCAUCUACUAGUGAAGCAGAGGCAAUUGCUGUUGUUACUGAGGAUAAAAGCUCAAAAAGUACCACCAAGGGGUACAGUGAAUCCUCAAAAGGCUCAAAGAAGAAAAGCCAUGGGGAAGAAAAUAGCAAGCCAUCAUCUCUCUGCUCAAGUAUUUCAAGCCCUAAUGGAAAAGCUGGAGAGGGUCAUUACAAGAUGAAUUCAGAGGCCCCUUCUUCAAGACACGGAAGUAUAAGUGAGAGUGUAUGUUCAAAAGGUGACCACUCAGCUGAGACUGGGAUUAGGAAUGGAAAUCCUACAAGUGUCAGUUCAAGAAUCUCUUCAAAGUCAGAAGAAAAAGACAAAUGCUUGUUGACACAGAUAUCCCAGGAAAGUGAUGACAGAUGCUCACAAUCAAACAUAUCUCAGUCUUCAAAAUCGAGGCAGAUUAAAACCAGAAAUCUCCAUGUGAAGACAUCAAAUUCCAGCAGAGUUUCACUGUCAGAGACUGUGUCAAUAUGCAGUAUGCAUUGCCCUGCCCCACCAAAAGGCAAGCCAAACAGCAAAAAAAUACGGUCAGCUAUCCUGAAGAACUCCUCCAUUAGCAGCAUAGGCACUGAGUCAGUGCUUACCACAGGAAGACAACAGAAAGAAAUUGUAGAUUCCUCCAAACCAACUUCUUUUGGAUCUAAAUCAGUUGCAACUGAGGCAAACGAUCAGAAGAAUAAAGAGCUUGAUGAUUCUUGUAAUGGAAAAGUGGAGGAAGUGCUAGAAGACACAGGAAUGCAGGAGGAAUGGAGUAAUUUAAUGCCAUCUAUUUUGCCAAACACAUCUCCAGAAGAAGUUGUGCAAGAAUGGCUAAGUAAAAUCCCUGCAGAAACAUUGCUUAUGAAAUACGAAAUGGAGGAUGGUGCAGAAGAGGAAUGCGUAGAAGCAGCCACUGAGGUGUCGUACUGUACAAAUGCCGAGGAAAUCUCAGAGGAUGAAAAAGCUGAAAAAAAGAAUGCAGAGGAAGCUGAAAAUGAGGCAGCGGAUGAAGUGGAGAAAGAGACAGCAGAAGUCACAGCUGUUGAUGAAGGGACUGAAGAGUGUGUGAAUCAGGAACAAAUUGCUGAGACGUUGUCCGAAGCUGCCAAGGCCGACCAAGCAGAAUGCAGCCGGUCAGUUACAUCCAGCCAAAACAACAACAGAAGAGACCUGCCAGUCUCUGUCCAGACUUCUGUCCAGAUCAUGAAGGCCUUGCUCAGCUCAAAACAUGAAGCAAAAUUUGACCGAUCAAACAGCUUGCCCGAAGUGUCCCCCACCAUGGGGAGAAAGCUGAGUAAUUCUGCCAACAUCUUGAUUACUUGUCUUGCCAGUCUCCAACUCCUUGAUGAAGAGUCAGAAGAUCCAUCAAAUAAAUCAAAAUGUUUAAAUAAGCCAAGAUAUAUGGAGCUGCUAAAUAUUUUUCAAGCCCUGUGGUUUGGACGCACAGCUGAAAAAAGUGGUCCAAGCUCAGGCCUAGAGGCAAGCGCGCUGGAAAAGACAGCUUGUGGAUUUAAAGCCCCCAAAUCUGUAGAUGAUGACUUCACUCCCAUGUCCUCCUCUGGGGUGGAUGUUAGCAGUGGUUCUGGUGGCUCAGGAGAAGAGAGUACAGCUGGUGCCAGGGACUGCAAUUUAUUGGCACAGAAAACCGUUGAAUUAAAAUCAGAUGGGCAAGUGGAAAAUGUAGAGACUGUCACUGAACAGAUGGAGGCCGAGGAGCAGAGUAAACAGGAAGAGCAUUCAUCCCGACCUUCAACAGCCUGCUCAAAAUCAAAAGGUGAGAAAAAAGCACGAUCUACUAGAGAGGACUCUGUAACUCAGAAGGCAGAAGAGAAUAAGGAGGAUCAGUGCAGUAACUGUGAAAACGGUCAGGAGGAAAGGGGAGAAAAUGAAAACGAGGAAAAUAUCAAAUUACUUGAAAAUGGAGAACAAGAAGUUCUUGUUGAAGAAGUUGAAGCUGUAAACAAAGCACUCCCAAAAGAAAAUAUUGAAGAGGCAGCGGAUCAGCUAGCCACUAACAUUGGUGCAAAUGUCAGUGAUGCUGACUGUGGGACAAACCUGAAAGAUGAUUUGGAUGAUCAUCUUGGAAAAGAGUCUGUAAAGGAUCCAGAGUCCAAGGUCAAUAUCGCCACCAGUGUGGGCGCAUCCCUUGCCCAGCAGAACUCAGUAGAUCCAGACCCAAUCUGGGUCCUGAGACUACUGAAAAAAAUUGAAAAGGAGUUCAUGGCUCACUAUGUCAAUGCUAUGAAUGAGUUCAAAGUCAGGUGGAACCUGCAGGACAACCAGCAGAUGGAUGAAAUGAUACUGGAACUGAAGGAGGAAGUGAGCAAAAGGAUACAAAAAAGCAUAGAGAAGGAGCUGAAGAAGAUCAAAAGCAGAGCUGGGGCCAAGAUGCCAAGACCUCCAGAUGAACCACUCAGGCGUGAGUCAACACUUCAAACUGAGCAAAGAAGACGACGAUUGCAGACUAUGCAUAAAAAAUCACUCUUCAGUGACAAGAAUGGAACCCAGAGUAGGCUAGCUGACACAUCAGACUUAUCACUUGAUGCAGAUGACGAUACGGUAUUUAGUGCAGCUUUUGAGGCCAGUAUUAGUGAACAACCAAGUGAGGAGGAAUACUGCCCGUGUGACACUUGUGUGAGGAAAAAAAUGGCUUCCAAGCCCACAAAAACCCCAGUGGUGGCUAGCAAUGCCCCAGUCAUGAAAGCAUUUGAUUUACAGCAGAUCCUGAGGGGGAAGAAAAAUGAUCCUGAGGAAACCUGUGUCUCAGAAGCAGCCCAGGAGAGCAAAGCACUUCCCAGCAGUUAUGUGGAGGAAGCAGCAGAAAACACCAAUCCAGAUGAGGAGAAUGAUGAGGGUGAACUUCAGUUAGGUGAAACAGAAGUGGAAGGGAAUGAAGAAAAGGAGGCAGUAUUAAAUGAAGAGGAUGGCUCAAUGUUGAAUGAAUAUGUAGAAGAGCCAAAAUCAGAGAGUCAAAACUGUGAGAUGGAGGAUGAGGUUAAGGAUGAAGAAACCAAUGAAGAAGAAAAGGGAGAAACAGAAGAAGUGGGGGAAGAAGAAUCUGAAGAAGAGUCUAAAGCUGAAGAUGAAACUGACAACGAAGCUGAAGAAACACAGGAGCCAGAGGGUGAGGACAUUGGGGCUGAUGAUGAGGAGGAGACGUCUGAAUGUAGAGGAGAUGCUGAUUGCAUGACUGAUGACAAUCCUGAAGGAAAUGCUGCAGAAGGAAAUGAAGAAGCUGAGCAGGAUGAGGCUGAGGUGGUGGAAGAUGCAAAUUUGAAGUCAGAAGAUGAGGCGUGCUCAGCUGAGGGAGAAAACAGUGAAGAUGGUGACAAAUAUGAGGAAAAUGAUGAGAAACGUGAAGAGAAUGGCAACAGCAAGUCUUCUAAGAGAGACAGAGGCAAGAAAACCAGAAAAAAGCUGAAGACUCUGAGCAAAGCAGUCGUCUUUUUCCGUUUUUCUUCUGUGGGAAAGUUCUCACAGCAAUCCCAGAAGGGGUCUGAUGAUGAAAGUGAAGAGGAAUGCAAAGAUAUGAAAUCCAUAAGCGACCACCCCAAUGGAGAGGUUCAAAGUGAUGAGAGCAGCAAACCUUCAAAGAUGUAUCCUGAUAGCGAGGACGAAGAAGAGGACAAAGCAUCUUCAUGCACUGAUCCUUUGGGAGAUGAGAAACAGGCAGAUGCUGAAGGUGCAGAUCCAAAGGAGGAUGAACAUACUGAUGAGGUUCAGGCUAUUAAAAAGAAAGAAGACUCUGAUGAGAUUGAUCAGGAUGACCUGGACUUCUAA